GUUCACCAUAAAGACCAAUCAUUAGGAAAAGAGAAAUCAACUACUAGCUCUAAUGAAGUCACAAAUGAGAAAAGUCAUAAUGAGUCGCACUGUGAAAAAAGAACAAGAGGUUAUUCACAUAUGCUAGAUGUAUGGGACAUGCCGGCUGGAAACUUUAUACUAGUUGAUGUAGAUCAUUUGGGAAAUCCUAUCGGUUGGGAAGGAAAAACUCUAUUGAAUGCAAUUGGAAGUUUGGUAAGGAGACACCAAUGUGCUCCAAUCAAUUAUGUGUGCUGGAGUGAUAUGCCUGAGAAAAAUAUUACUGAUAUGCUUGAACUAAUUCAGACUAAAUUUCGUUUUGUUCCUGAAUUCACUGAGAGAACAGAGAAAAUACUAAAGGAUAAUAUGAGUAUUAAGUGGAGGCAAUUCAAGUAUCAUUUGAAGUCAAAGGGAUAUGACGGUAGUAAGAAAGAAGAAGAAAUGGCAAGCUACAUUCCCGAUAGAAGGGUUGAUCCUUCUCAGUAUCGUGAUUUAGUACAUUAUUGGUGUUCUGAGGACGGACAGAAAAUCAGUGGCAUGAACAAAAUGAAUCGCAAAAAAUAUGAGGACAUUCAUUGCAUGGGAACCAAGAAUCUUCCAAGCCUAAUUCAUGAAAUGACAACAAAAGCUGGAGGAGUGCAACCUUCACGGGCACAAAUUUACAUUGAUACUCGAACUAGAAAAGAUGGAAGUAUUGUGACUGAAAGUGCAACAUAUGUGAUUGAAGAGUUAAAGAAGCAUAUGGUAGAGGAGGAAGGCAGCUCACAUGAUUCUCAAGCCACCAAAGAUUCUACAAGCUGGAAGAAUGAUGCUUAUUCAAAGGUUAAACGACCUGAAAAGAGAGGACGGGUGCGUUGUCUUGGCAAGCUUCCCCGGCAUGCCAGUUCUAGCUCCAAUGCAGAUAAUAGAGUUGCAACAUUAGAGAAUUUGCUUGGAAAUUUGGUCUCUGUUCUUCAAAUGCGGUUUUCUGAAGAUCCACAAGUUAACGAGGUCUUACGAGCUAUUGCUGAAGAGGUUUGAUUUUGUGUCACCUAUUGACCACAAUUUAGAUUCAAAUAUAUGAAAGUGAAGAUACAAGACCAUUCAAAAUUGUAGAUACAUGAAAGCUGGUGCUUCUGUUGAAUCCUCUUGAAUAUUUUACUUGGUCAUUGAUUAGAUUCAUACAAAAUAGUGGUCUUUCUAGUUAUACUUAUUCAAACAGAAAAUAAGAAAAUGUAGUUGAAAUUCUUUGUUACUAUAUUGAAAUAUUUGAAUUUAAUUGAAA